AUGCCGAUUCCAAAAGCAAAAAGAAGGGCCCUUUAUGACCAGAUAGUCAGCGAUGACAUUAAUCUGGAGCCCGAAUACCAACGAGACAUCGUGUGGCCCGAUUCAAAGCAGAUCAUGAUCAUCGACUCCAUUUAUCGGAACUAUUACAUCCCGCCCAUCAUCUUUGCUGUGAAUUAUCACGAGGAUGGUUCGGAGUCGAAGACAUGUAUUGACGGGAAGCAACGGUUAACCUCCAUUCAUCGCUUCAUGCAAGGUUUAAUACCACACAAGGAUCCGUACACAUCGGAGAAACUUUGGUAUACAGAUACGGGUGGUUAUACCGGUCCCAAACACCGAAUAAUUCCAGAAAAGUACCGCAAGGUCUUCGCGAACAAGCAAAUCGUUUGCGUAGAGUAUCACGAAAUUCCCGAAAGCAGCGAACGCGAGGUCUUCCAGAGAGUUCAAUUGGGAAUGGCCCUAACGCCCGCCGAGAAACUACAAGUCAUUCAUACUCCUCGAUCGAGUUUCAUUCGGGACAUUCUCCUUGCGCAUAUGAAAGACGGCUCCUUGGGAGGCGACGCUCUGGAAUGGGACACUGCCAGGGGAGCUGACUUCCGGUGCCUCGCAUUCGCAAUCUACUGCAUGGAGAAAUUCUCUCCGGCUCUGAAGCCUCCGGGUAUUCCUCAGGUGGAAAAAUGGCUCUCUAUGGAAGAUUCUUUCCCUGCUAAAUUUCAAGGCGAAGUCAAGGAAACCUACCGCAUAUUCUCUGAGAUGGCCGAGGACAGCAAGUACAACAAGGCUUUCAAGAAACCCACCAAAAUGUCGCCCAUCGAAUUUAUGAUCAUCGGCAUAUUCAUCUACGUCCAUAAAGACAAAGCUUCCCUGGCCGAGCUAUCCACUGGGAUUGGCCACAUGAGGGAAGACGUCCGGAGCGUUCAUGUUGACAUCCGCCUUAACAGUCGGGUGCAUAAGACGCUCUUAGAAUUCAUCAAGGCCUGGGUUCCAGGCCAGGAGGCGAAGAAAGCACCGCCUGCCAAGACCACUGCAGUCAAGCGGAAGCGUGCAACGAAGAAGGGUAGCGCAGAUGCAGACGACGGCGAUGUCGAAGACGAGGCCCCAGCCGCAAAAACCAAGAAGACUACUACCGUCCUUCGUGCAGCGCGGACAGCGACUGCUCCAGUCGCUUCGACGAGUACGCGUCAGAUCAAGGCCGAACCUGUUCCUUCUCCUCCGCCACGAGCAGCAGCACCUACACCUGCUGCUCCACCCCAACACGACCGCAUGGCCGUGUUGCGCCAGGCCAAGGAGCGUGCGCAGCAAUCCCAGCGCAGCGCCACCGAGGUUCUCCCUUCCGGCCCGCGAGCACUCGGCCUGCCUCCAACCAUCCGCACGGACCCUCUCGUCAACCAGAACCCACAGAUGCUGCCCUCACCUGGACCGACAUACGCUUCCCCUGCCUACACCGGAGGUGUGGGCAUGGGUAUGCCAUCAACGUUCCAACAGUCUACACCAUUGCCAUUGCCGCCGCCGCCAUCGUCCAGCACGAGCUCGUCGUCGAUUGAGACGUCACUGAUGGCGACGAUGAUGGGUCGAAGUCAGGGUCAACCAGGUGCGGGUGGUGACGGAGGGCGAGCGAGGCAGAGUUCCUAUGGGACGCUACCACCUCCGCCGACGAGCGCUGGAUCCCGUGGAGCUGAUAGGGAUAGGGAUCGCGAUAGGGACCGGCGAGGGUCCUACGAUGACCGCGAUCGCGGGAACUACUCUCCCCAACGCCGGGAAAGUGGUGGAUACAGAGGUCGGUCGCCCGACGAUCGAAGCCGUAAUGGGUCAGGCAGGUGGCCGAGGUGA